AUCUUUAGAGUUAAGGGUGAAGUCUUCGCAUACUUUCUCACAUAUGGUCGAAGGCUGAAGUUUCUAAGAAAUAUGGAAGCAACUACUCGUUAGUUAGACCAUUGAUCAUAAGAAUUCUUCAUCUAAGCUGAUUGCCUUGCAUUUGCGAACAUACUUUCUUUUGAAGUUUCAAAAUUUAGCAGUUGAUUGUGUUGAUCAUGGGAAGUAUACUACAUGAACUUGUAACCAUGUUCAUUUUCAUUGCAUAUGUGUUCAUGGUAACCACUGAAUACAGUUUGGGCGUUGCAGCGUUGAAGGUCCAGUGCAUAGAUAGCGAGCAGAAAGCUCUUCAAAACUUCAAAGAAGGUUUUCACAGUCAUUUGGAUCGCUUCUCUUCGUGGGUACCAGAAGAAGAUUGCUGCAAAUGGAGAGGAGUGAGAUGCGAAAAUGAAACAGGCCAUGUCAUUACUCUUGAUCUCCACAGCUCAGAUUCAUCUGAGGCCAUGCAAGGUCAGUUGAGGGAAUCUUUGCUUGACUUGCCAUAUCUGAGUUAUCUAGACUUAAGCUUGAAUGAUUUCCUCCAAAUACAAAUUCCUGAGUUCAUCGGCUCUCUGUCUCGCUUAAAGUAUCUCAAUUUAUCCAAUGCCAAUUUCAGGGGAACCAUUCCUGAUCAGCUAGGAAAUCUUUCACACUUGGUCUCUCUUGAUUUGAGUGGCAAUGGCUAUUCUUUGAGAGUAAAUAACCUAAAUUGGCUUUAUCAUCUUUCUCCCUUGAAAUUUCUUGAUCUGGGUGGGGUUGAUCUCAGCAUCUCAGUAAACUGGCUCGAUGAUAUUAAUAUGCUUUCUUCACUUAUUGAAUUGAACCUAUCUGCUUGUAAACUUCACAACCUUCCUCAAUCUCUACCACUCGUGAAUUUCACUUCUCUGAAAAUCCUGGAUCUUUCAUUUAACAGUCUUAAUGGCACAAUACCCGAUUGGCUUUUUGAAAUUGACCAGAGUCUUGUUUUCCUAUAUCUAAGAAGAAAUGAGUUUCAUGGUUCCAUUCCUGAAGCUUUUGGAAACAUGACUUCUUUGAUUGUACUCGACCUUUCAGAGAACAAUCUUGAAGGUCCUAUACCAACAACUUUGGGUAUGAUCUCUCAAAAAAAUCAAUCUAAAGAAUUUUCGUCCUUGAGACAGUUGUAUCUUUAUCACAACCAACUGAAUGGGAGUUUGCAGAAAAUUCUUCCAAAACUUUCACGAAUAAGUGUCUUAGAUGUUUCUUGGAAUUCCUUGGAGGGUGUUGUCACUGAUGCUGAAUUACUGGACUUCAGCAACUUGCAAGUGCUAGACUUUUCUGGUAACAAUUUGACAUUGAAUGUUAGCUCAAGCUGGGCUCCUUCAUUUCAAUUAGAGCGCAUAGGUCUAAAUUCUUGCAAACUGGGGCCACAAUUUCCACAAUGGCUCCGAACUCAAAAGCACUUUUCUGCCAUUGACAUCUCAAUGAAUGGAAUUUCUGAUGCUGUGCCAGACUGGUUUUGGAAUCUCUCCUCAAAGAUAAGACACGUGAAUCUUUCUUCCAACGUCCUUACUGGAACGGUGCCGGAUUUAUCAUCAAAAAUAAAGUUGUCAACCAUAGAUUUGAGUUUGAAUAAACUAUCAGGUCCUCUUCCUCUUCUCUCUUCCAGCAUCAGUACAGCGUGUCUAGCUGGAAAUUUAUUUUCUGGACCAAUCUUCCGCUUAUGUGAAAUGUUGAAGGUAAAUAAUUCAGUGAGAUAUCUGGAUUUUUCGAAUAACACUUUAUCAGGACAGAUUCCAGACUGUUGGACUCAUGGCAAAAAUUUGGUGAUCUUAAAUUUAGCAAGCAAUAAUCUGUCUGGAAAAAUCCCUGAGUCGAUCGGGCAUCUUUUACAGCUCAAUUCUUUGAGAUUUGAUCAUAAUGGUCUUUCUGGGAAGAUUCCUUCAUCCUUGAAGAAUUGCACUAGUUUGAUUGUUCUUGAUCUUGGGCAGAACAGAUUUUCUGGAGAAAUACCAGAAUGGAUUGGUGAAAAUCUGUUAAAGCUGAUGAUUCUUGGCUUGAGUUCAAAUGCUUUUAAGGGGCAUAUCCCUGUGGAGGUAUGCCUCCUAGAAUCCUUGAAAAUCCUGGACCUUUCUGCAAAUUAUUUGUCAGGAGGGAUUCCUCGUUGUGUGGAUAAUUUCAAGGCCAUGGCUGAGCGGGACACUGUUCGUUCUUACAUAUAUGAUCCUUACACUGCCUACAUAGAGGAUGUGAUCUUGACAGCAAAAGGGCUUCAACUGCGCUACGGCGAAGUACUUAAAUAUGUGAAGUUACUAGAUCUUUCUUCAAAUGGUUUAACUGGAGAAAUUCCUCAAGGAAUUACAAGCCUAAUAGGAUUGCUCUUCUUGAAUCUGUCAAGAAAUAAUUUGGUGGGGGCCAUCCCGGCAAACAUUGGUGCAAUGCACAUCAUUGAGUCUCUUGAUUUAUCAAGGAAUCAACUUUCAUGCAGCAUUCCAACCAGCAUGACAGACUUGUUUUCUCUUUCAUGUUUAGAUCUGUCGCAUAACAGGUUGUCAGGAUCAAUUCCUUCAGGUCAUCAGUUCGACACAUUUGAUGCAGCAACAUAUCAGGGGAAUCACAACCUCUGUGGACCUCCCCUUGCAUACAAUUGCUCAGAAGAUAAAUCAUAUGAAGAUCCAAACUGUAUUGACAAGGAGGUAGGCAGAAAAAUGGAAGCAGAAACGGGGCAUCGAUUACACAUACCUCCAUUCUAUAUGAGUAUGGGACUUGGCUUCAUUGUUGGGUUUUGGGGAUUUUGGGGACCUUUAUUACUAAAGACGUCCUGGAGGCAUGCUUAUUUCCGCUGCUUGGGUAACCUGAUUGACCAGAUUUAUGUUCGGGUGAUCGUUGCUGUAGCCAGACUUCAGAGGAAGUUUCAAAAACAAGCCGCAUGACAAAGUUCAAACUAGUAGAAAUUGUGUGCAUAUAAGGGACUUGAAGAUACAUGUUUCCAGUGACUGCAAUCAGUUGGCUGAGAAAUAUUCAGUGGAACAAGAGCUUGGUUCAAUGAUGGGGAUCAUGUAACUUUGCCAAAUUUUACUUGUUCAAUUGUCCUGUUUCAUACUCUUCUGUCUGCUCUAUUUAUUUAUAUUCUAUUUACAGCAGGUUCGUACUUGUAUUAAGUGGGGUAAAUGUAAUAAGUUGAGCUCUAUUUAUAGCUUCUCUCUGGUUAUCUCA